GAAGCAGGCGCAUGCGGCGGCCAUCGCGGGAGCGGCUCAGUCCGUGAAGCCUCGCGGACGGAAGGCCAGGCUGCGUCGGAUGCAGGUGCAGCAGCACAGGACGGGGAGGAGAAGGAGCAGGGAGAUCUGGCGGCGGCAGGCGAAGGCGGCGCCAGCCGAGGCCACCUGCAAGCCGGCGGCCAGGUCACCCUCGCCGGCGUUCACGACGAGGCCGCCGACGCCGAGGCCCGCGCCGGAGUGGCGCGACCCGCAGGUCACCACCGUCAUGAUCCGGAACAUCCCCAACAGGCUCAAGCCGGCCGAGAUGAUGCAGUUGCUGGACGACCACUGCGCCCGCGAGAACAGGAAGGAGAAGGCCGGCGACGUGCCCGCCGCCUACGAUUUCCUCUACCUGCCGAUGGAUUUCAGCUUGUGCAGCAACCUGGGGUACGCGUUCGUGAACCUCACGUCGGCCCAGGCGGCGCGGGGGCUCCACUCCGCCCUGCACGGCGCCCGCUGGACGGUGUUCGGCACCAACAAGGGCAUCGACAUCUGCGCCGCGCGUAUCCAGGGCAAGAGGGCGCUGGUGAAGCACUUCAGCAACUCCACCUUCCCGUGCGCCACCGACGACUUCCUCCCCGCCGUCUUCUCGCCGCCGCGCGACGGCGCCGCCGACCCGUCCGUCACCGGCGAGGCCACGCGCGUCGGCACCCGCGUCACUCCCGCCACUCCUCUGCCGGCUACGCCACGGGCGCAGCGGCUGGCAGGCCAGCCCGUGGCCCGUGGGCGUCGCCAGCGCGGGGUCGUGAAGCGGAGCGGUGCAACAAGCUGCGUGUGAGGCGUAUGUUGUUCGUGGUAGCUAGCAGCAGCGUGGCACGGUCAAACCGGAGUCCGGCCAUGCCUUCCCUUUCUUUCUCCUUUGGUGCAACGGCGCUUGGGGGAGGGAGGGAAGGCUGUUGGACUCUGGACUUGAGCAAGCAUCGCACUGCUCUACCACUGCGUCUCUCUUGUCUGUACUCUCCACUUAGAAAUCUCCAUGAAAUUUCUGCUGUGUGUGUGUAGUGUACUAUCAGCCCCUGGCUUGUGCUGGGCUGCUGGCUGUGUAAUGUGUCCGUAGCAUGCGUCUUGUUCUGGCUCUCUCCAAGCAAAAGACUGGCUGGUGUCUGGUCGCGGAGUCCCCAUUGGCCCAGGCGUUGCACCUUUCGUGCUGCAAGCUCAGUGUGUGCGGGGGUUGGAAGUUGGAACUAGAAGCUAGUUAGCGGUGCUUUCGGACUGCCAGUACUAGCAUGGCACAGCAUGGCAUGCAUGAUGCAUGCAUGUUUAUCCGUUUGUACCAGAAGAAUCUCUGUCUCUCUGUCCAUGUGAUUCUGACGGUCGCCAUUAAAUGGGGCAAGAAA